UUUUCAUCUCCCACAGUACCCAUCUUUCGCAAGCACAAGAUCAUACCUCUAUAUUUUAUGUGGAUAUGGUCUGGUUAAAGCUAGCUAACUUUACCAUACAUGGCUAUAUAUAUACACCAUCCACCAUCUUAACUUGUUCCAUUCAUAUUCCCAUGGAGUACUCGGAUUCUCGUCUCUACAGCGACCGGGCAUUCUUCAAUUCGGAGAUGAAAGCAAAGGCCAUGAUUGCGAAAAAAAGGGAGAAUAUGUCGCUUGAAUGGAUGUUAUACAAAGAAGCCACAUAGCUCCUUUUACACUCGGCCUCUGCACCGGCCUCAUUCUAUUCUUAAACUCUUUCCCUCGGUAUCUUUUUAACUCUGCAUCUCUAUCUCCUUCAGCUACAGUCCUGCUUUCAUCCAUGGAACCAGGUAGGCUUGACAAGAAGGCGCGAGUACUGGAGUCAGAAGUCGACGACAAGAAAUGGGUCCAUGACUCAUCCGUUGAUCACAAGGGGAGGCGGCCUCUCAGAGCCUCAACUGGUGUUUGGAAAGCAUCCUUCUUCAUCAUAGCGAUAGAGUUCAGCGAGAGGCUGAGCUACUUUGGGCUGGACAGCAACCUCAUCAUAUACCUGACCAAGGUGCUGCACCAGGAGGUGAAGACGGCGGCCAAGAACGUCAACUACUGGUCAGGGGUCACCACCAUGAUGCCGCUCCUCGGCGGGUUCAUCGCCGACGCCUACCUGGGGAGGUUCUCCACCGUCCUCUUCUCCUCCCUCAUCUAUCUCGCGGGCCUGAUCCUCUUGACUUUGUCGCAACUGGUCCCGAGCUUGAAACCCUGCAACCCGGAGACCUGCCACAGAUCGUUGCGACUUCAUGAGCUCGUCUUCCUUGUGGCCAUGUAUUUGAUCUCUGUAGGCACAGGGGGGCAUAAGCCAUCGCUCGAGAGCUUCGGAGCGGACCAAUUUGACGACGAUGAUGCGGAGGAGAGGAAGAAGAAGAUGUCCUACUUCAACUGGUGGAACUUUGGGCUGUGCUGUGGGCUGCUGCUGGGGGUCACUGUUGUUGUGUAUAUCCAGGAUAAGGUGAGCUGGGGUGCGGCUGACAUCUUGCUAACCUCGGUAAUGGGCGUCAGCCUGGUGAUCUUCUACCUGGGGAAGCCAUUCUAUCGGUACCAAGUACCAAGUGGUAGCCCACUGACUCCCAUGUUACGAGUGUUGGUGGCAGCCGUGGCCAAGAGACACCUUCCACAUCCUUCGGAUGCUGGGGAACUGCACGAGGUUCCUAAGUCACAAAAGAGCGACAAGAGGCUUCUGUCCCACACUAAUCAGCUCAGAUUUCUCGAUAAAGCUGCCAUAAUCGAGCACACAGAGGACGAGUCGGCCUUGGCAGCCGAGGAGCUAAAUCAAUGGCGACUAGCGACGGUAACUCAAGUCGAGGAGGCGAAAUUGGUCCUUUCCAUGGUCCCUAUCUGGCUUGUCUCCUUACCGUUUGGCAUGUGCGUGGCACAAGCCCCUACCUUCUUCAUCAAACAAGGAAGCAUAAUGGACCGAAGACUAGGCGGCAGCAGCUUCGAAAUCCCUCCAGCCUCUAUAUAUUCCCUCGGUGCCAUGGGCAUGAUCAUCUCCGUUUGCUUCUAUGAGAAAAUCCUCGUACCCUUCCUGAGACGAGCCACAGGGGAUGAGAGGGGCAUCAGCAUCCUUCGAAGGAUCGGAAUUGGCAUGGUGUUCUCGGUCUUGGCGAUGAUCGUUGCAGCCAUCGUGGAAAGCAAGAGGCUGAAGGCGGCCCAGGGGGAGCAAGCCAAUGCAGUCUCCAUGAGCGUCUUCUGGUUAGCCCCUCAGUUUACGAUCCUGGGCGUGGGUGAUGGGUUCGCUCUCGUGGGCUUGCAAGAAUAUUUCUACGAUCAAGUGCCUGACAACAUGAGGAGUCUGGGAAUAGCCUUCUAUUUGAGCGUGAUAGGGGCCUCCAACUUCCUCAGCAGUCUCUUGAUCACUGCUGCGGACCAUUUGACUGAGAAGGGAGGGAGGGCAGGCUGGUUUGCCAAGGACUUGAACAAGAGUCGCCUCGAUCUUUUCUAUUGGUUGCUUGCUGUAAUAGAUGCAGUAAGCCUCUGUGGCUACGUAUACUUAGCUUGCAGGUACUCUUACAAGACUGUGCAGAGAAAAAAUGGCUCCCCUAAGGCCCUAACUUCCCUGAAGAAGAUGGACGGGGAAUCUGGGAUGUCUUCAGAUGUCUCCACUGUAUAGCAUAAUUGUAGCUGGUUGGGUACGUAUAUACGGAAAGCAAAUAAAUACCAUGCAUAUUCUAUUUAUAUGAUG